UUGGACACUCUCCACCUCGGCUCAGCCUUCCUUUCUCAGAGAGAGUUAAGCGCUUCUAGCCGUUUGAGUGUACUUUCAGGUCAAGCUGGGAAGUAAAGGGUAAUGGCUGCUUUCAAACGCUUUAAAGACAUAAUUGCUCAAUUAUCGCUACAUUGAGUGAAAGGAGCAGCACACUGCUGGUUUGCAAAUUGGUCUCUUUCCUAUGCUGGAUGCUGCUUUUCUAAAGGAGUCUCAUCAUGAUCGAUAGCUCCAAGAAGCAGCAACAGGGUUUCCCAGAGAUCUUAUCUGUUGGAGAUACUGAAUUAUUGAAAGAAAAGGAAUGUCUUGACACGAGCAGCCAGAAAAGUCUUAAGGAAGUACUUCAACUGAGGCUCCAGCAAAGGAGGACAAGAGAACAGCUGGUGGACCAGGGAAUCAUGCCACCUUUGAAGAGCCCAGCUGCAUUCCAUGAGCAGAUAAAGAGCUUGGAAAGGGCCAGGACUGAAAAUUUUCUGAAGCACAAGAUACGCAGCAGGCCUGAUCGAUCCGAGUUAGUCAGAAUGCACAUUCUCGAAGAGACGUUUGCAGAACCCUCUCUGCAGGCAACUCAGAUGAAACUGAAGCGAGCACGAUUGGCAGAUGACUUGAAUGAAAAGAUUGCUCAGAGGCCUGGGCCUAUGGAACUUGUGGAAAAAAACAUCCUUCCUGUUGACUCCAGUGUUAAAGAAGCAAUUAUAGCAGUUGGUCAGGAGAACUAUCCUCAAGGUUUGGAUGAUUUCUCAUUUGAUGAGGACAGUAGUGAUGCUUUAUCUCCAGAUCAGCCUGCCAGUCAGGAAUCCCAGGGCUCAGCAGCAUCUCCAAGUGAAUCUAAAACAAGGGAAGCACCAUCUCCAGUCACCGCAAGCAACUCUACUAACCAGUAUCCUACAUUACCAUCGUCAGUACCUGAAUUUCUGAAGCCAUCUGUCACAGAUCAGCACACUGCACGUUCUACAACUGCUGCUCCUCUUACCACAAAUACCGUGUCUGCAGUAAAACACUGCAGUGGGCCAACACUCAUAAAGCAACCCCAUCCCAAGAACCCAAGUGACAAGCCUCGGAGCAAGAAAUGCAAAGAACCAAAGCCCAGAGUGAAGAAGCUGAAGUACCAUCAGUACAUCCCACCUGAUCAGAAAGGUGAGAAGAAUGAGCCACUGAUGGACUCCAACUAUGCUCGCUUGCUACAGCAACAGCAGCUUUUUUUGCAACUACAGAUCCUGAGCCAACAGCAGCAACACUACAACUACCAUGCGAUUCUUCCUGCACCUCUCAAGCCAAUGAGUGACAAACAGGGAAACACUGGGACUGCAGCACUGAAUGCUUUGAACAAUAACACAUCCUCAGGAGUAAACAACACGCCGAGACAGAACAGUAAUAUUUCCAACAGAAAACCAGGACCUCUGCCUUCUAGUUUGGAUGACCUAAAGGUAGCUGAACUGAAAAUGGAACUCAAGCUAAGAGGACUACCAGUGUCUGGAACUAAAAUGGAUCUUAUUGAGCGGCUGAAGCCCUAUCAGGAUCUUAACAAUAAUUCUGUCAGCACAAAUAAUACUCUGGCAGGAACUCCUUCCCUGAAUGGCACCAGUAAUCCUGGAGAAGUCGCUGCAGUAUUCCCUGUAGCUACAUUAAAUAAGCCAGCCGUUGGUUCAGUUCCCACCUUUCCUCCAGAAACCGCAUCUGCUGGAAAUGGCAGCAAAUCCACCCACAUGGAAUGCAUUGGCUCCCCUUUGCCCAUUUCCCCAUGUCCUUCAGAACAGUCCAGUCUCAGUACCGAGGACACCAACAUGGCAGAUACUUUGACAGAAAUUAUGACCAUGAUGUCCCCAUCACAGUUCACGAGCACAUCACCUCUGAGGGUGACCCUCAACGAGGACAGCCACAGCAGCGGGGGCACGUCGGGCGUGGAGUUUGAUGCGGCGGAAAAGGACCGUAAACUUCAAGAAAAGGAGAAGCAGAUUGAAGAUCUCAAAAGGAAACUGGAACAAGAGCAGAAACUUGUGGAAGUGCUGAAAAUGCAGCUUGAGGUUGAAAAGCGGGGUCAUCAGCAACAACCCCAAGCUCCGGUUCAUGCAGUGCUGCCUUUGAACCACAAGCAUAUCAGUCCUGCCGUCAAAGAGGAAGGCACUUUAGCAGAUUGCUCUGACGCAAGCCCAUCAACAUCUGAAGCCAACCAUUCUUUAGGACAACCCAUGUCAGUGGAUGUCCAGAACCUCGUUGCCAAAAAGGCUAUUGUCAUCAAGCAAGAAGUACCUUUGGCCAAAGCUGAACCACAAAACAUCAUAUCUCAGUUCUACGUAAGUUCACAGAGACAGCCCCAAACUGCUGUUGUUGCCCAGCCCCAAGCUGUACUUACUGCACAAGGAACAGCGCAGCUGCUGCUACCACUGUCUCUCCAAGGUCCAAAAUCAGGCACUUCAGUGCAACUGCCUGUGGGCAAUAUUCAGGUACAGGCCCAACCACAAGCUGGAAUUCCAACCAUGACACAAGUAUCAGCUUCUUCUAAUUUGGCCCAGAAAGUAUCUCAGAUGCACACUUCACUGCCCAAUCAAAAUGCUUCCCCACCGCAUGCGCUUGGUCAGACCCCACAAAACAGAAAGGUAUUUCCUCCUACCUCAUCAAAUGCAGUGUUUUCCUAUCAGAAUCAGUCUGUAACAACUCUACAGCAACCUUUGUUUAAUCAGGCACCAAAUGCUACAGUUCACUCAGGGAACCAGAUGCCAUUGGCCCAAAAUGGGCCCAAUGCUCCUCAGAAGCCUGCCUCCCCAUCUCAAUCCCAGCAGUACAUUUUACAACAAACGUUGUUCAGCAAUUCAGUAACCAAGACAAAAGACCCCCCACGCUAUGAGGAAGCCAUCAAACAGACUCGCAGCUUGCAGGCUUCUCAACGAGAGAUUUCCAGUGCACACAGCCAGCAGAUGGAUGACCUCUUUGAUAUCCUCAUUAAGAGUGGAGAGAUUUCCAUGCCCACCAAGGAAGAACCUUCUUUGAUUUCCAAAAUGAGACCAGUUACUGCCAACGUCACCACAAUGCCAGUUAACACAGUGGUGUCUCGUCCACCACCACAAGUCCAGAUGGCCCCUCCUCUCUCCUUAGAACCAACAAGCAAUUUCUCUUUAUGUCUGGAGAACCAGCUAGAAGCUCUUUUGGAAGGAACUCUACCUUCAGGGAACGGGAUGCCUCAGUUGCCGAGCAGUAGUGACGACAGAGAGUCUUUCUCUCUUAUUGAAGAUCUUCAAAACGACCUCCUUAAUCACUCUGGCAUACUAGAUCACUCGCAGUCGCCUAUGGAAACAUCUGAUUCCCAGUUCACUACUUCUAAUUCCUGUUUAUCUCUUGACCUUCCGGACACAAAUUUAGACAACAUGGAGUGGUUAGACAUUACCAUGCCAAAUACGUCAUCGGGAUUAACUCCUCUCAGCUCAACUGCUCCAAGUAUGUUUUCAACAGAUUUUCUUGAUCCACAGGAUCUACAGUUGCACUGGGAUUAACUGAAAAGGUGAAGCCUACUUGACCAUGGUUUUUAAAGAUCCAUUUACAGUUAUAGGUCCAUUGUUUCACUAUCUUUGUUUCCAGGAUUAUUUUUAAAAUGAUCUUUAGGGAUUUUUUUUUUAAAAAAAUAAAAAUAAAAUCAUAGGUAGUAAAAAAAGAAAAGAAAAAGAUAUGUUCUAUUAAGAUAAAAAGCAGAAGAGGAUGGUUUUGAAACCAUUUGAAAAUUUAUCACUGGCAAGCAAUUAAAGGGGAGGGAAUAGAGACUGGAUCUUAAUUCAUCGUAAAGAGGAAAGCAAAAUGUAUUUGGGCAAUGACAUAAUAUCACUGCACCGGACUGUUUAUGGCCUGAGCCAAGUUUAAGCUGCAUUGUGAAACCUCAGGCCAAGUAAACAAACAGACGAGCAAACAAACACCUGAUGAGAUUUUAUAAAAUGGUUGAAGUUGACAGAAUUUGGAUUUUGUCAUGACUAUAAAAAUUCUUUUUCUCCUUCUAUUCUGUUUAAAGGCUUGAGCUAAUACUUAAUUUUGCAACAUUUAGGUAUUGAAUCAGUUAGGUGACUUGACAAAAAUGUGAUAGACUAAAAGAUUACCAUAUUUCUUCGACUGUAAGAUGCCAUCGAUUGUAAGACGCACACUAAUUUCAGUACCACCAACAGAAAAA